ACGAAGUCUCAAUGGUGCUCACCGGGGCAGCCUUUUAUCACAAGUAUUUCAACUAUCUUUACACCUAUAAAAUGCCUGGAGACAUCAAGAACUGGGUGGAUGCUCAUAUGAAUUGUGAAGAUAUUGCCAUGAAUUUUCUAGUAGCCAAUGUCACUGGCAAAUCUGUCAUUAAGGUGACCCCACGGAAGAAGUUCAAAUGUCCAGAAUGCACAGCAAUUGAUGGGUUAUCACUGGACCAGACACACAUGGUGGAAAGAUCUGAAUGCAUCAAUAAGUUUGCCUCUGUCUUUGGGACCAUGCCGCUAAAGGUGGUGGAGCACCGCGCUGACCCUGUCCUCUACAAAGAUGACUUCCCUGAGAAACUGAAGAGCUUUCCCAAUAUUGGCAGCUUGUGAGGGCAGCUGUGAGACAAACCUGAGCGAUGGAAGCAACAGCUGGGAAGGUGCUACGAGGAGUAUAAGGCCCUGAAGACAAAAAUGCCUAGAGAGUGGGUUGAUCUGAGGGAGAUGGGAACUGAUGUUGUAUCCUGGU